AUGAGACAGUCAAAGAGAUGACAGCGAAGCAGAGACACUGUGCCCUCGCUCUGCUAAACCCAUCACACUGUCUGGGCUCUGGGAUUCUCCUGCACUGGUUUGGAUUGUACAGGAGAUUAUGAUUUAUUUCAAUGGAGGAAUCAUAAGGACUAGUCUUUUUGUGAUUGUACCCUUGGAAUACUCUGGUGAUCUUCACCAUCACGAAUACGCUGGUUUGUUGCUGUGCAGGAGGGAGACACCACAGCCAAAAGAACAGCCACUCAAGAACUGUAGUACCGUCGCUAGGACGGACGCUAUGGAAGACCACAAAGGUUGGUCAAGUCUAUAGGAUGGUAGCACACAGCAAGGUGGAAGCAGAUAAUGCAGUUGCAGACAGAAGAUCACCACACCUGGAAGCCUCAGCGUCUGAUCACUCCCAGCUCCAGCCUGGCAGAGCCUUCCACCAUAGUCCAGGACGUCCGAUCCCUGCUACUCUGCUUAGUGACACUCAUUUCAAAACCUUCCGCUCUCAUUCAGACUUCACUGUCAUUACCAAAACCAGCAGCAUGUUGGAUACCUGUGGAUUUUACUGGGGACCUAUGACAGUCAAUGUUGCCCAUGAAAAACUCAAACCUGAACCUGUAGGUACCUUUCUUAUCAGAGACAGCAAGCAGAAGAAUUGUUUUUUUGCCAUCAGUGUUAAAACUGCCACAGGUCCCAUCAGCAUCAGGAUUAAAUUUCAAGCUGGGCGAUUCUGCCUUGAUGGCAGCAAAGAAUCGUUUAACUGUCUCUUUCAACUGGUGGAACAUUAUUUGACUUCUCCCAAGAAGAUGCUGGUCUUUCCGUUACGGAAAGUUAGGUUAAGACCUUUGCAAGAACUCUGUAGAAAAAGCAUCCUAGCAACAUUUGGUAGGCAAAAUUUGGACAGCAUUCCUAUCAACAGGGUUUUAAAGGACUACCUAAAGUCGUUCCCGUUUCAGAUAUGACAACACAUGGCAUUAACAACUAAGGCUACAAGAACGAACGUGUUACUAAUUCAGCUUCCUGGGAUUAUUUUUAAAUGUUAUUUAAUGGUGGUCAAGUUUAUUUUUAUAUCAAUUUAACUGUAUUUUGGAAUGAAACUUGAACAUUUGACUUCUGAUGUUUACAAAACCAAUUGUUUGCACAAUGUGAAAGGGGUGACCUCCCCUCGGUUAAGGUUUUUCUGCUGUGCAGAAAACAAUAUUUUAUUACAUUUUAAAAGUAAUAAACCUUACAAAAUAUUUAAAAAAAAA